CUUGCUCUUCUAUUUUUCUCACUUAGGUCUAAGGAUGUGGUCAAUGGUGGGUGUGAUCUGUCUCUCUCAGUGCAUUAUGGGACAGCUGCUGGAGGCCAGGUCCAAAGGAGCCCUGCCUCAAUUAAUUUGCAGCAUUCCAGGGAUGCCAGGGGCACUAGGAAAGUCUGGCCCCCCUGGGCCUCCUGGGGAGGAUGGCCAUGUCGGAAUCCCUGGAAGAGAUGGGAGGGAUGGACGGAAGGGAGAAAAGGGAGAAAAAGGAGAUCCAGGGCUCAGAGGUCGAUGCGGGCCAAUGGGAAAACUCGGAGAUCGUGGGGAGAGAGGUUUCAUUGGGAAACGUGGACCUGAGGGUGAUCCUGGAGAUUUAGGGCCUCCUGGUCCUGCAGGACGUCUUGGACAUAAGGGUGACAAGGGCCAACGUGGCCCUCCGGGAGAACCAGGUAUCUGCAGAUGUGGAAGUUUGGUUCCCAAAUCCGCUUUCUCAGUAGGCAUCACCAGUAGCUACCCCACCGAACAAGCACCUAUCAAGUUCAACAAAGUCCUGUUUAAUGAAGGUGGCCACUACAAUCCCGAGACGGGAAAAUUCAUCUGUGCAUACCCAGGAAUAUACUACUUUUCUUAUGACAUAACUCUGGCCGACAAGCACUUGGCCAUUGGGCUUGUCCAGAACGGAGAGUACCGGAUAAAGACUUUUGAUGCCAACACCGGAAACCAUGACGUAGCGUCUGGCUCAACCGUGAUGUUUCUCAACCCAGAGGAUGAGGUAUGGCUGGAGAUCUUCUACAAGGACCAGAACGGCCUGUUUGCUGACCCCGGCUGGGCUGACAGUCUGUUCUCUGGGUUUUUACUUUAUGUAGAUACAAACUAUAUGGAUACAUUGGCGGAAGACUACAAAUAGCAGCUACGGUAAC